GACGAUCGCGGUGCAAUGAAGACGAAGAAGAAGAAGACGAAGCGGAAGCACGUCGUUAAUGUUAAACUAUAAUGGCGGCGUCCUGUGUGUAAUAGUGAAGUCACUUUUUUUGCUUUCUGAAGGGAUUUUUAGUCUUGAAUGUGAACGUUACACCGCAGCCAGGUUUAACUCGGGUAAUUAUGCCUCGUUACGAGCUGUCUCUGGUGCUGAAGGCCAUGCAGAGGCCGGAAACCGCGGCGGUGCUGAGGCGCACCGUGGAGACCUUGAUGGAGCGCGGCGCCGUGGUCAGAAAUCUCGAGAACCUCGGCGAGAGAAGGCUGCCGUACAAGAUCAGGAAACACAACCAGCGGCACACGCACGCUGCCUACUUCCUGGUCGACUUUCACGCCUCACCGUCUAUUCUGACGGCCUUACUGAAUCACCUGGAGAGAGACGUGGACGUGGUGCGGCAGACGGUGUUAAAGAAAGACUCAGAGCUUCCCAAAGGCCCCUGCUGUGCUUCCUCACCUUCUCAGACAAACUAGUCUACUUCUGCAUAAACGUCUUUAAGGAAGAAGAUGUGCUGCUGGGUUUUUUCUGAAUUUCAACUAUGUUCAUGUGAGAGUUUAUUAUGAGAAAUGAAUAAACGGGAAAAAAUGU